AUGCAGCUUGGACACUUGCUUGUUGGCCAGGUAAUCAUAUGGGUUUCGCUUGGCGUGUUGGUGGGAGCGUCGGAGGGAAGAGCUAUCCAAAGAAUAAUUGCUGUGAUUGCAGAUGCAUCGUUUCUACGUGUGUCUGAUCCGAAAGGAGUGUUUUGCUUCUUGUUUUCGUCUGCAAUAAUAGGAUUUGGAUUUGUACUGGAGGUCGGACGCUCAAUAGCAAAAAUAAACAAGAACGAAAGGAUGAAGUACAGGAUAAUGAAAGCACAGAGGGGAUUUGCAUUCAUGUCGCUGGUUCUGUUCAUCAAUUUCCUCAGUGCAUAUAUAUUCAAGGCAUUGAAUGUAAGAGCAACUAACCUGCUGGUGCUUGGACUGGUGAGCCAUGUGAUGUGCUCGUUGUCAUCGUUUUUGGGGAUGGAGGUAUUGAACACGUUCUUCUACAUGAACUUUGUGCUUUCGAAUAUUGCAGUGCUGUUGCUUACGUACAUACUUGGUGCGGAAAGGAUGCUUGCAGCAUUGGGCAAGUGCUUUGCAAAGUUUAAGGCAUUUAGUUGGUUCUAG